UGGGUCUGUGUCCCACCCCCUUACACACUCACUCCCCACACCCCUUACCUCCGCUGAUCUCCAUCGGACUCCUUCUCAGAGGAGUGUGCAGGGUGUUGACAGGCAGGCAGGAACUGCACCAGGGAGACAAACAUGGAGACCUGGAUAAAUGGAGUUCUGCACAGGUGUACGCACUUCAGGGAUAUAGUGCAUUGCGGUCUUUUUAUCGGCUUGCUUUUAGGGAUAUGGCAAGUCACAGCCUUGGAGAUGUCAGUGGGCAAGAUACCCUUCAUUGAGGCAGUGAACGGCAGCACUGUGUUACUGCCCUGUACGUAUGCAAGCUGCAUUGGCAUUAAAAACCUCUACUUCAACUGGCAAUAUGAUGACAAUGGCACCAUGGAGAAGGUGUGCGAGGCGGUGAUCCCUAAUGAGAACAUGGAGCCGCACGUGAACGUCUUCCGGGAAAGGGUGGAAUUCGUGGGCAGUAGCAAAACCAGCAACAUCUCCAUCCUGCUGUGGAAUAUAACCUUUGACGAUGAAGGCCAGUAUACCUGCUAUGGCCGCAACCCCAAGGAGAAGGGAAGAAAUCACAGUGCAAUCUUCACCCUCAUCGUCGUGGACAAGUUGAGGGUGGUUGACAACACGCUGACCCUCAUUAUCGCGGCGGCAGUGGGCGGCUCUAUUGGCUUGUUAAUGGCUUUCAUGUUGUUGAAGAACUUCACUCUCUAUGUCCUCGCCAAGAUCGAAGAGAAGAACAAAGAGUGCCUCGUGAGUUCCUCAGGGAUCGAUAACACAGAAAACGGCCUCUCAGGAUCAAAAGCUGGAUCCAAAACACCAAAGAAGGCAUGAAAUGUGUUACAUUUGUUUAUAUGACUGUGACAUGAACAUCUAUAUAUGCAAAUAUAUGUGGCAAAAUAGCAUAUAUUCACUUUUUUUAUGGGCUAUUUCCCCAAGUAUUAGGUUUAACAAAUCCGUACAACUAAUACAUGGCUUUAACUUCGCAAACAUUUAUUCAGGACUUUCUCAUAGGUCAUUGCAUAAGAGAGAGAACUUUUCAGUUUAAGUUUUUAAAGCAAAUAAAUGACAUUCAGGUUAUCUCCCUCCUGACACUUAAAUGCAUUUUACGAAAACCAAUUCUAACAAAUGAAAUGCAUUAGAACUCUUUUAUGAUUUAUUAAUGUGUAGGAAAUUUGACAAUUGGAUUUAUUAUUGUUAGAUUGGUAGAUUAUAAUAAUACAAAAGAAUGUUUUCUAGGCCCUCUUUUGAAUUGAUUAACUAUAACAAUUGAAAUAACAUGAAAUAGUUGUUCAAAACUUUACGGCAGUGUAUCACUGCCCCCAUGACAAAAAUGAAAAAAAAAAGCUGGCCUGUCAUUUUCUUGUCAUGGUGGUACAAUAUGCUGCUGUACAACCUGAAGUUGAUUCUUACAAAAUGUACUGUUUUGUUCAAUGAUUAUUUAUUCCUUUAAAACUUAGAAUCGAAUACAUGUUUACAUACUAUGCCAUAGUACUUUUUUAAACAAAUAUUUCACAUAAAUAUUUACAUUAAAAUUUAACUGUUGGGUAUUAAAAUUGCCAUAAAAUUAAUCAUGGAAAAUGAAAUAGAUAGUGUAAUAAUCUCUAAAGCAAUAAAGGAUAUUUAUGGCUAGAAAAUACACUUUAUAUAUUUUAGAAGGAUCUAACACGUGAGUUUAUCGUCAUCAAAUUUAUUUUGAUGAUGCUCGUCUGAACCUCAUAAGGCAUACAUAUCAUGAAUUAAUCAGUUAAUUAUAAUGUUAAAAAAAACGUUUUUUAUGUACAUUAACAUGCACUGGAAAAAGCAUAGCCAUAGAGCAGAAUAUAGGAUGUCUAAACAAACACAUACUGUCGCUACUGUGCAUG